UACAAGUUACAAAGUCUCUAUUCCAAACAAAAAAUUCUACCCUCAUUUCUUCCUCCCCAAACAUGGCUCCUCCACUAACUCAUUACAGAAAACUCUUACUAAUCUCAAUCUCAAACUCAACUAAUAAUCCCACUGUCCAAACAUGCCUUUAUCAUUGUAACUUACAAAAAAGCUUCCUAAACAAUAACAAAACCUCAGCUUCCUUAGGUUUUUGUCCUAUGGUCUGUUUGGCAAUUUGUCCUUCCCUUUGUCUCUACACCUAUUCUAACGAUCCCCUUUUACCUUCUCCCCCUAAUUUCCCUUCCUCCAAACCAAACAAACCUCAUAAUCCCUCUCCUUUACUUAUCACCAUGAUUACUCUUUUUUCCAUAAGUUUUUUCCUAAUUAUCUUUUAUAUCCUCUACACCAAACUUUACCAAACAAGGCAUAGAAUAAGUCAAAGGAGUGAGAGUAGUGAUAGUUAUUCCCUAGAUGAAGAACAUGGUAAUAGGGUGGUCUUUCACCCUUUUUGGCACAUCUCAACCUUUGGUUUAACUGUGACGGAGAUCCAACGGAUCCCAAUCAAAUUUUAUGUUAAGGAGAAUGAUAUGGAGGAGAGAGAUUGUACGGUGUGUUUGGGUGAGUUUAAAGAAGGGGAAAGUUUAAGAGUUUUCCCAAAAUGUUGUCAUGCUUUUCAUAUUUCUUGUAUUGAUACUUGGUUGGCUUCACAUAUUACUUGCCCUAUUUGUCGUUCUCAUGUUCUUCCUCUUGAUCAAAAUGAUGAUCAUGAUCACAAUCAUGAUUGUGAGGUGUGAAAAUUUUAAUAAUAAUAUUUGA